GCGGCCUGCCGGGAACCGGCGGCGGGGGGGGGGGCGCCCGGCCGGGCGGUGACGGCUCCGCGCAGACCGCGUCCGAGCUGACUCCGCCGGUCCCUGCGCGCACCGGGGGCUUCUUUUCCGAGAGUGAACCGCUCCGCGUCCCUGCCUGUUCACCUGUGGCCGCUGGAGGAGUCCAGGUAAGAGAAUGGCUUCCUCGGGGUCCCAGACAAAGACACGUGGCAAUCACAGUGGCCACUUCGUACAACCCGCCAACCCAAACAUAGCGACGAUGCCGGAGGACGUCCUGUACCACCUGAGCCUCAGCACCAGCACGCACGACCUCCCCGCCAUGUUCGGGGACGUGAAGUUCGUGUGUGUCGGGGGCAGCCCUACUCGGAUGGAGGCCUUCGCCAAGUACAUGGCCAAGGAGCUGGGCCUUGACCACCCAGGUGCCGAGUAUCCCAACAUCUGCGCGGGGACCGACCGCUAUGCCAUGUUCAAAGUGGGCCCCGUGCUGUCUGUGAGCCACGGCAUCGGCAUCCCCUCCACGUCCGUCAUGCUGCACGAGGUCAUCAAGCUGCUGUACCACGCCCGCUGCUCCGACGUCACCGUCAUCCGCAUCGGCACGUCUGGCGGGAUCGGUCUGGAGCCCGGCUCCGUGGUCGUCACCCAGCAGGCGGUGGAUGCCUCCUUCUCGCCCGUGUUUGAGCAGAUGGUCUUGGGGAAGCGGGUGGUUCAGAGGACAGACCUGGACCAGGAGCUGGCGCAGGAGCUGAUGCAGUGCGCCACAGACCUGCCGGAGUUCCCCACGGUCCUGGCCAAGACCAUGUGCACCUCAGACUUCUACGAAGGCCAAGGCCGUCUGGACGGCGCUCUCUGCUCCUACACCGAGAAGGACAAGCAGGACUACCUGCGGGCGGCCCACGCGGCCGGCAUCCGCAACAUCGAGAUGGAGUCUUCAGUCUUGGCUGCCAUGUGCAGCGCGUGUGGCAUCCCAGUGGCCGUGGUGUGCGUCACUCUGCUGAACCGCCUGGACGGGGACCAGGUGCCCCCGGCACAGCCCCGCACACCACGGGGCCCUGGUGCGCACACAGACCCGCGUGGACACCUCCCAGCCGGCGCCCAGGUUGGCCGAGGAUGCGCCCAAGCGCCGUGGGAAGUCAGUCGGACGAAUGUGCCGGGCCUCUCGGAGGAAGCCGCCGCCGCCGCAUCGUUCGGACAGACGGUCCUAUCUCUUGCUGAAUUCUUUUGGCCAUGCAUCCUGUUCAUGAUUCUGACAGUGCUUCGCUUUCAAGAACCUCCCAGACACAGAGACAAUUGUUUUCUGCAAGCCCGGGACCUGCCCAGCCGCGGCGUCCUCCCCUUCAUGCAGGCCCUGCUCUGCAACACCGGCUCCACCUGCAGGAACGUGAGCUCCACGGCGCCCGCGGAGGGCCCUCGGCGUUCCUCCAGAUUCAGGGCUACCGCUGGCCGCCGUGAGAAGGUCAACGACCUGGCCUUGCUGGAGGAGAUGCAGGACCUUGCCGAGGGGAUUUAUGAAAUCCUGGACAGGGCGAAAAUCCUGCGGGAACUGUGGGCAGGAGGAUCCAAGGAUGCAGAUUCUUCUCACGGCUCCAGUUUGAUAGCAGUGGAUCUCAAUAAGACCGAGGAGGUGAUCUCAAGGUUGGAGAAAGUCCACCAGCAGCCCCACAUCUGGGAUUUUCUCCGCCUGCUGCCGAGACUGCAAGCAAACGAUGUUCGCGCUGAAGACCACAUCCGUGGGGGGGUGCACCUGCUCCAGGCGGCCUCGACUUCCUUGGCAACUUUGGAAGAUUUAGACUGGCUGCCACUCAACCACACUUUUUCCACGGUUUCUGAAAACGUGCUGAACGUGACCAUCUGGAUGCUGACAUUUCUGCAGGAACAUGGAGUGGCCACCACUGAGGCCGGAGACAGCCCGUCCCUGCAGAAGCUGCUGUGGGGUCCGCGGACGGUCCAGGCUGACCUGAAGCCCCGAUUUGGUUUUGAGGACGUGCACGCAGAACAAAUCCUCAAUUACUCAGCCGAGCUGCAGGAGGUGCUGGGGCGCUGGCGGCAGGUGCUGGCGGGGGUCCCCCGCGGCCUGGAGGCCCUCGGCCGUCGGCAGGGGGCGGGCGCUCUGCACCCCGUGCCCCUCGUCCUCGGCGACAGCGUGGCAGCAGCUGGCCCCGGCGGCAACAACUUGGCUCCCAACACGUUGCUGCGCCUACAGAAGCUGGAGGAUGUUUCUCGAGACCUGCCGCCGCCGAGGCCGGCUCCAAGGAGGCUGCUCGCCCUCCCCGCGGUCCUCGGGAACGCGAUAGCGCACAAGCUGCGUUUCGUGCAAGGAGCCCUCGCGUGCCUGGAGGCGGCGGCCAGCGGCGGCGGCCCGGGCGGACAGGAGCAGCCGGGAGAGGAGUCCCCCCUUCGGGAGCGGGAGCAGGGGUGCCUGCAUGCGAGCGUGUCGGGGAGGGCGGCCCUCCCGUGUCCCCGUGGCUUCUCCAACGAGACCAGCGUCCUGAACAAGCUCCUGAGGUCAGCAGAGGACGCGGGUCACCUUUUGCAAGAGGUCAUCACCGGGCGCACAGAUACGCCGGUGUCGGUACCCGGAGGACUUCUGGGCUGGCCGGAGGUGGAGGCGCAGCUGGCGGCCGCAGCCCUUUCCUGCCGGAGGCUCCUGCGCCUGCUGGGACCUGCUGCCUCACCCGGGGACAGUGACCUUGCCGCGGACUGUCGGGACCGGCUUCUCUCCGCAGUGGUAUUUCACACCCUGGAGGAAGUACAGCUGUCCCUGGAGGAAACAGCCUACCGGGGAGCCUUCCUGGGACUCAUCCGCAAGACCUGUGACCUGCUCUGCUAUGUGCACGUGCAUGGAAGGCUCCCGAACCACCCACCUGCUUUCUCUGAGGAGUCGCCUUGUUAUGGAGAAAACAUGGAUUGGGAAGUCAUCACUGAUAAUUAUUUCACAUUUUUGGGUAACUUCCUCAAGUCUCCAGCUGCUUCCAUCUCUAGGGUCUUGAAUUCCACAAAGGGACUUCUUAUGAUGGAAAAGAAGUUGCAUUCCCUCGAGGACGAGCAAAUAGACUAUUUUUUAUCUUUUGUGGGAUUUUUGGAGAAAUUAUUGCCUGAUCCUCUCGACUCACCCAGUAUGCCCAAAUUCCAUGACCCCCCAUCCCUCACUGAGACUCUUUUGAACACGAGCCAUCUGUGGAUAAAUCGUUUACGAAGUUUAAAGAAAGACCCAUCUGCUAUUGAUAGUCAGAAACUCUUGGAAUUUGGCAAAGCAGUGAUUGACAAAAUAGAAACUCUUGAACAUCUCUGGAUAAAGAAGGAAUCAAACAAUAUUUUAAGAUUUAUGGAAUUAGUACUUUUUGAAAUUAAUCCCAAGCUCCUGGAAUUGUGGAUGUAUGGCAUUUCAAAAGGAGAAAGAAUGAAAUUGGAAACCUUGUCUACACUUCUUAAUUUUUCUGUCCCGGAAGAUGCGAGGGUCCUUAGCAAGAGCCUUAACUUUUCCCAGUUGUUCCAUUCAGACUGGCCUCAAUCGCCAGCUGUGGAAAUGGACUUUGUACGUGUAAGUGAAACUGUGAUAAGCGGUCUCUAUGAAUUCGGGUUUCUGAAGCAGGGACAAGUCUCCAAAGCUCUGGACACAGUCUACGCUAUAAGGAAUGCAUCUGAACUUUUCUCAGCCCUUUCUGAGCCUGAAAAACGAGAAGUUGAUACAAUCUUGACUCAGAUAUAUCUAAAUGUCUUCCACGACAAAGAUUCAGCUUUGCUUCUGCGGAUUUAUUCUUCGUGUUUCCAACAUAUUUAUAAACUCUUGAGCAUUCAGAGCACAGAGCCUUUGCUAUCUUUUCUUGCACAAACCUCAAAACACAUUUUGGACAUCAUAAAGCAAUUUAAUUUCCAAAACAUCAGUAAAGCAUUUGCAUUUUUAUACGAGACAACAGGGGUUCUGGAGGGACUUUCUGACGGAUCUUAUUGUCAGCAGUUGCUUUCAAUUUUUAACUACUUGGAGCUUCAAGCUCAAUCCCUGGUGUCUACAGAGGGCCCAGAACUGGAAGUGAUCCACGCCACGUUGACAGGCCUCAAGCAGCUGCUCAUGGUAGAUGAAGAUUUCCGUAUUUCUUUCUUUCAGUACAUGAGCCAGCUCUUCAACGGAUCAGUAGAAGCCCUGUCGGGUGAUGAAUGCUUUGCUUUGGAUAAUAAGAACAUCCCUACCGUGGAUUACUCAACAGACAGAGGGUCUUCAUUUGUCCUUCCAUGGACACAAAUUCUUUCAAACCUCUCGGCAAAUGGCAGUACGUUCAAUGAGUUAACGGCUGUUCACUGUACCGCCUCAUGGCUUCAAAUGUGGACUGAAAUCUUGGGGAACCUAUCUCAGAUAUUACAGUUUGACAUGAAUGUUUUCAUUCCUCUUCAUGUUGGUCUCACUCAGCUUCUGGAUGAAUUGGAAAGUGAUGUGAAAAUUUCUGAAAGCUGCCAGGGAAUACUUCCCACCCAUCGCCCUGCCAGACUCAUACUGGAUUUGUUUAAGAAUGUAACUCAAGCUGAUGGCUUUCAUGAUUGGGAUGAUUUUUUGACCCUCAGAGAUCUCUGGGUAGUAUUAGGUGAUGCAUUAGUUUGGGUAAAGUCACUUAGCCCUGGCCAAGUAGGGAAAUCCCUUUUCACCGUGGAAACUGCCCUGCAUCAGCUAAAGACACUUCCAUUAAACACAAGUGCAAGCAGAGAAUUUUUCUAUUCUCUGCUUGACGUCUUCAUGGAGUUAGGCACUAAUACCUCAGAAUACAUCAACAGAAACGUACGACUGAUAAAUCACUUUCUUUCAAAUAAUGUCACAGAUUAUGGAGUGAAAUUUGAAAGUGUCUUCACCCAGCUCAGAGAAACAAUGUUAUUGCUUCAAAAUGUGUCACAUGACCAAGAUUUAUUGUCCUGUGCCAAUAUUUUCCAAAACAUUACUGAGUUUAUUUUGGAAGAUGGCUUUUUACAUGUAAAUACAUCACAGAGGACAUUACGUAUUCUGGCUGUGCUAAAUUCCACAUUUUCCUCCGAGGACACGAUUAGCAGCCUGAAGGGAUGCAUUGCCUGGGUAGACCUCAUGAACCAUCUGUACAUGAUGUAUAAUUCCGGUGUUGCACAAGGCUCUCCUCAGGGUAACUGGAGGAGUUUCGGAGAUGUGGGAGACAAAAUUAACUCUACAUUGAACCUUGUUACUUGGAUUCUAAAUAUAAAGGAAUCUCCCUGCUCAUGGAAUAAGUCAGACAUAAAUUGUGUGAAUAUCGUAUUGAAAAAUGUAACUGACUUUCUGAGUGCAAUGCUCACUGCAAUCUUUGAAAAGGAAAAGGUACCCAAAUUUGAGAUCUUACUAACUCUUUUAAAUGAUUCCACAAACCAAGUAAGGAUGAUUAUCAACAACUUGACAAGAGAUUUUGACUUUAUAUCUCAGUCCAACUGGAAACGUUUUACUGAAUUAAUUCUAAGACCCGUAGAGCUGUCGGAUGACAUACCUAGCCAGUUUACAGAUCUUUGGCGGCAUUUAGUAGCUCUGGGGAAGGAAAUUCAGAAACUUAUGAAAGAAGUUUCCGGUAACAUCCUAGAAAAUGACUCCUCUUCUACGUCUGUAAAGUUUUUAAAUAUGUUUGCUACCAGUCCAAAAGAAAAGGACGUCAAAAGCUUGGGCAAUUCGUUUUAUCAAUUAGCCAGCUACCUUGCCUUCAACUUCUCUCAUGACCUCCAAAAUCCACCACAAAUAAUUCCUCAUGAAAUCAUGAACGCUGUAGGUCUUGGUAUCCAACUGAUUAGAGAUGUGUUCAACUCCCUGACGCCCUCAGUUCUUCACAAGAUCCCACAAGAUCCGGGGGACAUUCAAGUUUUCAAGAAGGUAGCUUCUCUCCUGCGCACUCUCAAGAAGACGGACAUAGACCUGCUGGUCGACCAACUUGAGCAAGUGAGUGAAAGCCUAACGGAUUUCUUGAAGAAUGUCAGUAGGUUAGGUACUCGCAGCCUGGGGGCCAACUUGCUUGUUGGCUUGGUGGAAAAAUUUGUGGACAGCUCACGUGCUUGGAAUGUCAAUCAUCUGCUGAAGUUCUCACGCUUGUUCCCUAAGGAUGACGUCAACGCUGUGGUAGACACGUACUAUGUGCUUCCUCAUGCCGUGAGGCUCCUGCAGAGGGGAGUCGACAAAAACCUCACCGAAGUCCUCAGGGAUGUCUACAACUUCACUCUCCUUCAUGGCAUAAGCAUUUCCAGUGUCACCAAGGAAGACUUUGCUAUCGUGAUAAAGACUCUUUUGGACACAGUUGAAUUAAUAUCAGAGAAACCGGAACUUCUUUCUGAGGCUUUAAGCUGCCUUCCUGUGAUUUGGUGCUGGGAUCACACAGCUUCUGGGUUUCGGCAGAGCCCCAGGUUAGACGCCUGUAAAUCCCGUGAGCUCACAUCGUCUUCCUUUUAUAGUAAAGUGGCCAGUAUGCUCAACCACCUCCACCUCUCUCCCCCGGUCGGUUUGCAGUGUCCGGAUGAAGGCUCGCAGGAGGAGAUUUCUAGGAAGAUGGUCUGUGUAAUUCGUGAACUAGUGGACUGGAAUUCCAUUCUUCUAGAGCUCUCUGAGGUCUUCCAUGUUAAAACAUCACUUGUGAAAACCAUGCAAGAAUUUUGGCAUAAAGCGUUGCCGUAUGUCCCGUCUUCUGAAAAUCAAAGAAAUGACAGUAUCUCCGAACUUUGUCCCAGUGGCCCCAUAAAGCAAAUUGCUUCGCAGAUCAUAGCACAAUUAAAAAACGUUAACUUUACAAAAAUUCCGUUAGAUGAAAACUUUCUCGAUAAACUAGCUAGUUUAAACAAGAUCCUUAACAUUAGCGAGGGCACAGAGGCAUCUGUUCGAAAUAAGAUUUCCUUAAUUUUGGAAAAGAUCAUGAAAUUGCCUUCUGGGGAUCAGCAACCAGAAAAUAGUACCCGUUCGCUAGAUCCUCCAUUCGUGACAUUUCUAGAUGCCAACCUGACCGGCAGUAGUUUAGAAGCAUCAUCAGGUUUUACUAAAAAAAGAGAAGCGUCUUACAACUCUUCUUACUUUGAGGAACUAAGGCUUGAGCUUGAACAAAUCAUGACAGAUCUAAGCCACGACUUUCCUAACAGACCCCUGCUUUCUGAAAUUAUCAAAGAAAUUCAGAUGAUUAAUUCAGAGACUCUUCAAAACGUAACUUUGCAACUCGCCCAUUUUUUUGAAAGCCUGGGGUCAUCGUCAUUGAAGACAUCAGAAAUCGCUGAAGAUUUUCUGUCGGUCGUAAAAAACUGGCUUCAUAAAGGGGCAAACCAAGAUGACUCUGAAAUGAUUCAAACAUUAUUUCUUCUUAUGGCCAAUGGGAGUUCGCCUGAUGAUCUAGCUUUGUGGACCAAAGACAUUGCUACCUUUUUGGGUUUACUCAAAAUCAUCUCUAGGGAAGGUAAUUUUGAUGUUGCCCAUCUUACUCAACUGUUAAGCCAAGAGCAGCUAACUAAUUUCUCCCUUGUUCCGCUCCUUUUUGAAAGUUUCUUAAUUAACUCAAUCAAUACAUUAGCCGGGAGUUCUCCAGAGGAAGCCUCAAAUUCAAGUGAUACUGACCUUCACAUAAUGAAUUUCAUCAAGCUCGCCUUGAACCAGACGCCGUCAGAAAACGGCGAGAGAAUAAUCCUGCCUCCAAGAAGCAUGGUGGAUUCCGUGGAACAGGUUUUGAAAACAUUCUUCUCAGUUUUACUAGAGGAAAAUUCUGAGGACAAAAUAUCUCUUCUGCUAAAGGCCUUCCACAAAGACAUCGUUGCAGAGAUGAGUUUUGUCCCAAAGGAUAAACAUCUAGAAAUUCUGACACUGGAUCAGUUUCUUACCACCUCAAAAGAAGACCGUCUGAUGAGCAUUUUCUCGAGUUUAAAGGAGACUCUAAAUCGUCUAAUCAAAAGUUCAUUUAUUUUAGACAAUGGAGAAUUUUAUUUUGAUAAAGGUCGAGGAGCGAAGUUCAUGAGAGAUUUAUUUAAUGCUCUUCUAAGGGAAACCCCAGGGGAAAAUAAGCCUGAAAAUAAUUCGGAGUUCCUUGGGGUCGUGAGUCGGCUGCUCUUCCACAUGAACAGCUCUGAGGAUCUCCUCCAACUAAGUCAUGAUCUCAGAUCAGCUCUUCGGCUCGUGAGAGAAGCUUCCACAGAGCUAGCGCGUCUCAUGGACGAGCUUGUGACCUCUCCUCUCCAGGGCUUCCGUGACUCGUGUCCAACACUCCGAGGAGUUAUACUCGCUAAUCUAACUGGUUUGCUUCCCUUUGCAAAUAAUCCAUUUCCUCUAAGAAACAGAGCAACGUUAGAAAUCACUGAGGGAUUGCUGGGUGUUAUCUCAGGAGCUGGUGGAGAGAGUGGUGCCCCAGGCCCCCUCUUGGAAAUGUCGGAUACCCUGACCAUGCUGGUGAGGGACAUCGCUGACAUGAGCCAUCUUGCCGCCUCAGUGACCUCCGCCGUGGAACUUGUGGGGCGAGCCCAGAAAGUUGCCAGGAAGAUGGCCACCAUGUCUGAAACCCAUUCCAUCUCCAAUACCAGUGACACUGUGAAGUUCUUCGACAGCCUCUAUUCCAUUUUGCAGCAAAGAGUCCGAAAUAUUGUGAACGAAUCAACUGCUUUGCAGAAUGUAGACCGUUUCACGUCCGAAAAUAUAAAUGACUUGUUGACGCCAUUCAUUGACUUGGCUUUUGGGAUGAUCGGCGUCAAGCCUUAUAUUUCACAAGACGCUGAUGUUGUCAACACUUCCUCAAGCACAUUCUCCUAUGUGAACCAGUCCAAAGACUUUUCUGAUAUUUUGAAAGAAAUUGUUGAAUUUUUAACUUCUGUGAAAAGCCACUUGGGAACCAUGGAGCAUCUUAUGGCAGCUUUCAGUAAUGGGACUCGAAUAUCUGCUAUGGGUUCUGUUAACCUAUGGGAGGAAAUUUUGGAUUGCUUAGAUCCCAUAAAUAAUAUCCUCAACCAGAUAGAGUUUUUACAUCCGAAGCCACUUCGCACGCGUAGUUACCCUCAAGAUACGAAAUGGGAAAGAACCUGGGCAGUGAUCAUGUUUUUUAAUGAAAUGUUCUCACAAGACAGCACGGAAAUCGGGACUUACUUGAGAACAGUGAUUGGUCGCACCUUGGAAGCUCUUCGGAGUGACUUAGAGAACGACAACUGGAGCAUUUUUAAUCUGUCGCUGGCAUUCGCUCAGCAUCCAGACCACCUUUUGAAAGCCAUAGAGACCCCUGGAGAGGCCUCGGGUGGAAGAGAUGAUGCCAGUGGAGCUUUGUUUUCCAACUUCUCUCUGAUUCAGGAUGUAACGCAUCAACAGCUCGAAGAAGCGGUCCAGGUCCUGUUAAGGAGGAUGGCAUUCGUGGGGGAAGACCUUCCGCUCAACGAUUCUCAGUGGAUAAAUUCCAUGAGAACUGUGUUCCAGCCCAUUUCUGAGAGUUUUGUGAAUGCAGCCACUGGAAAGAAGAUCACAGAGGGAAAAGAAGAGACGGUCCCGAUGCCUGAUUUUCCUUACAUCCUCGAACCGUUGUCAGGUUUCGAGAAGUACCUGAAGGGAUUAAUUGAAUUGGUGGACUACUGGCAAGACGUCCCGCUGAUGGAUCAAAGUGUGGCAGUGUGUCAGGUCUUCCAGCAGCUGCGGAAGCCCCCGGGAGCCGUCGAGACCCUGCAGAAGGCGACGGCGCUGGCUCUACGUGUGCUCAUCAUCAUUGCAGAUAACCCUUCCCUGACCAGGGACGUUGUGUGUGCUGCUCUGAGCUGCAAGCAAGACGGGACGCGGCGUCUCCUUGUCCCUGUCCUCCGGGCGGCCGCCUGGGGGCUGGACCACUACGAGGAAAUACGGACGAUGUGGUCCUCGCCCCUUCGGCUGAGCUGUGAGAGCCUGGGCCGGAACCUGUCCGCCUCCCUGCGGCGUCUCAGGGGCGGCCUGGAGCCCGCGGCCGGCCGGGGCUGUGAGUGCCCGUCACCGCUGCUCACGGCUCAGCGGCUCGUGCCCACGUUGGCCCACGGCUUCCAGAGGGCCUGGCGGGCUCGGCAUCCCGGGCUGACCUUCCUGAGCAACGUCACGGCAGCCGAGGACGUAAAAGUCAAAGAUCUGAUGCAGGACACCUCCAGGCUGACCGGCGAGCUCCGCUCCUCCGUCCGCGUCUCCGACGACACAAUCCACAGAAUCCUAGAAGCCGGCGUCUCGGGUCCGCAGGUGCUCCCCGGUGCCCUGGCGCUGGCUCUGUCUGGGAGGUGCGACGCCGACGUCCUGCGCCCGCUGCUGGCGUUUCCCGAGGAGCCUACGUCCGUGCGGGCGGCCAGGGAGCUGUGUGCCCUGCCUGGGCCCCGGGCCUACGCCCUGGUCGUGUCCCUGACUCAGAACCUGGACCUGCGGAGGCUCAUUUACAAAGUUCUGAUGCCGUUGGAAGUCCGCCGCGCGCUCGGCGCUCUGUUGGACGUGGUCUCCAGGCUCAGCCAGCUGCUCCCCAAAGCAGGCCACGUCCUGGAGCAGCUCCCCGAGUUCCUCCGCACCUAUAAAGUCACCACCUUGCUGGACGUGCCCGACGUGCCCGACUUUGACCAGGCUCCGCAGCAGGGUCGGGGCGGGAGCGCAGCCUUCGGUUCUUUCCAGUUCGUGGUGAAGCAGGUUUGCCAGGAGCCAGCGUCGCUCUUCAGCGGCUCCAACUCCUUCAUGAACCUGCCUCGAGUUACCGAGCUCCUGGGCGGGGACAAGGAGAAGUUCAACAUUCCCGAAGACGCAACACCGUUUUGCUUGAACCUCUAUCAGGAAAUUCUACAGUCUCCAAAUGGUGCUUUGGUGUGGUCCUUCCUCAAGCCUAUAUUACACGGGAAAAUACUGUACACCCCAAAUACUCCAGAGAUUAACAAGGUCAUCCAGAAGGCAAAUCACACCUUCCACUUCGUGGACAAGCUCACGAUCUUGGCAGAAACACUGUUGAAGAUUUCCAGCAUCUUUCAGAGCAGUGGAAGCGGCCAGAUGCUCAGCCAGCUGCAGGAAGCCCUGAGGAACAAGUUCGUCCGCAGCUUUGUGGAGAGCCAGCUGCACGUUGACCUAGAUGCGCUGAGUGGGAAGCUCCAGACGUACGGAGGCGAACUGGACAAGGUGUUUGCCCAUGGGGGUGCCGGACGCAUCCGCUUCCUGGGCCGGGUCUUGGUCAACCUCUCCUCCUGUGUGGCGCUGAACCGCUUCCAGGCCCUGGAGUCCGUCGCCAGCCUGGAGUCGAAAGCCCAGGAACUCAUGCGACACAACAAUUUCUUGGCCAGUAUCAUAUUCAACAGUUCGCUGGCCGACCGUGACCGGGGGACGCGGCCUGUGCGGCUGCCCCCCCACAUCACCUACACCAUCCGAACCAGCGUCUUGUACAGCAUGAGGACAGAUCUGGUGAAAAAUCCUCUCUGGAAGUUUCAUCCUCAGAACCUACCGGCCGAUGGGUUCAAGUACAACUACAUCUUUGUCCCCUUGCAAGACAUGAUCGAGAGAGCCAUCAUCCUGGUGCAGACGGGGCGGGAGGCCGUGGAGCCGGCUGUGCAGACGCAGGCCAUCCCGUACCCGUGCCACACCAGGGACCUAUUCUUGAACAACGUCGGUUUCUUCUUCCCUCUGAUAAUGAUGCUGACGUGGAUGGUGUCUGUGGCCAGCAUGGUCCGAAGGCUGGUUUACGAGCGACAGAUCCAGAUAGAGGAGUACAUGAGGAUGAUGGGGGUGCACCCCACGGUCCUCUUCCUGGCCUGGUUCCUGGAGAACGUGGCCACGUUGGCCCUGAGCAGUGCCGCGCUGGCCGUCAUUCUGAAGGCGAGCGGCAUCUUCGCCCACAGCAACGCCUGCAUCGUCUUCCUCUUUCUCCUGGAUUUCGGGGUGUCGGUCGUCAUGCUGAGUUACCUCCUGGGUGCGUUCUUCAGCCGAGCGAACACAGCGGCCCUGUGGGCCAGCCUGGUGUACAUGAUCAGCUUCCUGCCCUACAUCGUGCUGCUGGUCCUCCGUAACCAAUUAAGUGUCGUCGUUCAGAUGUUUCUGUGUCUGCUCUCCACCACCGCCUUUGGACAAGGAGUGUUCUUCGUCACCUUCCUCGAAGGGCAAGAGGCAGGGGUUCAGUGGGAUAACCUGUCCCAGCCCCCGGAACAAACGGGCAUGACCUUCGGCUGGGUUUGCUGGAUGAUCCUCUUCGAUUCAGGCCUCUAUUUCGUAUGUGGAUGGUACCUGAACAACUUGGUUCCUGGAGCUUUCGGUUUAAGGAAACCGUGGUAUUUCCCCUUUACCGCAUCAUAUUGGAAGAGUCUGUGUGGCUUAGCGGCAGGAGGACGCCGCGCGCCUGGCCCUGACCUGUCCUUGCCCCACGAGGACUCCGACAGGGAAGGGUCCUUGCGACACAACGGGGCGGGGGCAGCUGGAGGAGGCCCCCCGGGCGUCGCCCUGGUGUCCGUGACCAAGGAGUACGAGCCCCACAAGGCGGCCGUCCGAGACCUGAGCGUCACGUUCCACAGCGACCAGAUCACCGCCCUGCUGGGGACCAACGGCGCGGGGAAGACCACCGUCAUAUCCGUGCUGACCGGCCUCCUCCCGCCCACGUCUGGGGCCGUCCUGGUCCACGGCAGGAGCCUGCACACGGACUUGGCCGCCAUCAGGAGGGAGCUGGGCGUGUGUCCGCAGCGGGACGUCCUGUUGGACAACCUCACCGUCCUCGAGCACCUGCGGCUCUUUGCCGCCAUCAAGGCUCCGCACUGGACCCGGCGGAUGCUGCGCCGGGAGGUGAACAGGACCCUGGAGGAUGUGGAGCUGACGCGGCAUCAGCACACACAGACCCGCGUCCUGUCGGGGGGCAUGAAGAGGAAGCUGUCCAUCGGCCUCGCCUUCCUCGGCGCGUCGCGGACCGUGGUUCUGGACGAGCCCACCAGCGGGGUGGACCCCUGCUCGCGCCGCGGCAUCUGGGACAUCCUCCUCAAGCACCGCAGAGGUCGCACGGUCAUCUUCACGACCCACCACCUGGACGAGGCGGAGGCGCUCAGCGACCGCGUGGCUGUCCUGCAGCAGGGCCGGCUGCGCUUCUGCGGGCCCCCGUCCUGCCUGACCGAAGCCUACGGCCAGGGGCUCCUCCUGACGCUCACCAAGCAGCCUUCCGUGCUGGGGGCCGACGACCCGCAGGACCUCGCCUGGGCCACGGCCCUGAUACAGAGCCACGUCCCGGACGCCUUCCUCCGCGACAGCCGCCGGGGCGAGCUGGUCUACGGGCUUCCCCGGGACGCGGACCGGGCCCGCUUCGGGGCGCUCUUCCGGGCCCUGGAGCACAACCUGCCCCGCCUGCGGCUCACGGGCUUUGGGAUUUCAGACACCACGCUGGAGGAGGUGUUCCUGAUGCUGCUGCAAGGUUCCAAGAAGCCGUCGGCGGCCGAGCGGGCGCGGCGGGACCAGAGGCCCCCAGAGCGGGCUCGGGGCUCCUGUGGCGCCCCCGCAGGGACCCCCGUGGCCCAGGCCGCGGCCCUCCUGGUGAAGCGGCUCCGCCACACGCGCCGGGCCUGGAAGGGCGCCGUCUCCGACCUGCUGCUGCCCGUCCUCUUCGUGGCCUUGGCCAUGGGCUUGUUCAUGGUGCGGCCGCUGGCCACGGACUACCCGCCCCUCGAGCUCGCGCCCGGCCGUUCCGACGGGGCCGAAGCUUACUUUUUCAGCAGCGGAAGCGACGGCCAGGAGCUCGCCCAGGUGCUUUUGCGGAAGUUUGGAGAUCAGGAUCUGCUCUGUGGUGGUUUAAACCCAGACCCGACGAACGCUUCAUGCUGGCGCGUGGACCCCCCGUCUGCCCCGCGAGCCCGGGAUUCCUGCGGCUGCCCGUGUGUGAACACGAGCGCCGGGGCCCCCUACCUGACCGACCACCUGGGCCACACGCUGCUGAACCUGUCCGCCUUCCCGCUGGAGGAGUACUUGCUGCUGCCGGCCGCCAAGCCCAGGCUUGGAGGCUGGACGUUCGGAGCGCGGAUCCCUGCCCAAGACGCGGAUCCAGAUGCAUCCCAACCCGACGCUGUGGCGAAGGUGUGGUACAACCAGAAGGGCUUUCACUCCCUGCCUUCCUACUUGAAUCACCUCAACAAUCUCAUUCUGUGGAGACACGUGCCCGCUGCCGAGGACUGGAGACGAUACGGAAUAGCGCUGUUCAGCCACCCGUACGGAGGCGCCCUGCUGAACGAGGACAAGAUCCUGGAGAGCAUCCGGCAGUGCGGCGUGGCGCUGUGCAUCGUGCUGGGCUGCGCGGUCCUCACCGCCGCCCUGGGCAGCUCCGUGGUGCACGACCGGGCCACCGGCGCCCUCAGGCUGCAGCGCAUCAGCGGCCUGGGACACGCCACCUACUGGCUCGCCAACUUCCUCUUCGAUGGGGUCUUUUACUUGGUCUCCGUGAGCCUGUGUGUGGCCGUCAUCGUCGCCUUCCAGCUCCCGGCGUUUACGUUCCGCCAGAACUUGGCAGCCACCGCCCUCCUGCUGGCGCUCUUCGGGUACGCGACGCUCCCGUGGAUGUAUCUGAUGUCCAGGAUCUUCUCCAGCUCGGACGUGGCCUUCAUCUCCUUCGUGUCCCUGAACUUCAUCUUCGGGCUGUGCACCAUGCUCAUGACCAUCAUGCCCCGGCUGCUGGCCAUGGUCUCCAGAGCGCAGAAUUUACAGAAGAUCUACGACGUGCUCAAGUGGGCGUUCACCGUGCUGCCGCAGUUCUGCCUCGGGCAGGGCCUGAUCGAGCUGUGCUACAACCAGAUCCGGUACGACCUGGCCCACGGCUUCGGCAUCGAUUCCUACGUGAGCCCCUUCCAGAUGGACUUCCUGGGCUGGAUCUUCGUGCAGUUGGCCGCGCAAGGCACCGUGCUCCUCCUGCUCAGGGCUUCGCUGCAGUGGGACCGGCUGCCGCGGCCACGGGGUCGCUCUGCCAUCCAGGGCACAGUCACACCUUCCAAGGACGUAGAUGUGGAAAAAGAGCAAAUAAGAGUGUUGAAAGGAAAAACCAGCGAAGACCUUCUUGUGUUAUGCAACCUCAGCAAAAGCUAUAGGAGCUUCUUCAGGAGAACCACCGCUGUGCGCAAUAUUAGUUUGGGUGUACGAAGAGGAGAGUGCUUUGGGCUCCUGGGGCCCAACGGGGCCGGGAAGAGCAGCACAUUCAAGAUGCUCAACGGGGACUGCCCUCCGACCUCAGGACACGCCGUCAUCAGGACCCCCGCAGGAGAGCUGCUGGACCUGGGCGCGGCGGGCGCGGUGGGGCUCCGCAUCGGCUACUGCCCGCAGCAGGACGCCCUGGACGAGCUGCUGACCGGCUGGGAGCACCUGGACUACUACUGCCGCCUCCGCGGGGUGCCCAGCCCGAGCAUCCCCCAGGUGGCCGGGGACCUCGUGGAGCGUCUAGGCCUGGAAGCCCACGUGCACCAGCUGGUGGCCACGUACAGUGGGGGCACCAGGCGGAAGCUGUCGACGGCCUUGGCCCUGCUGGGCGCACCUGACCUGCUCCUCCUGGACGAGCCCAGCUCCGGGAUGGACCCUUGCUCCAAGCGGCACCUGUGGCGGACGAUCACGCAGGAGGCUCGGAGGGGCUGUGCGGUGGUGCUGACCUCCCACAGCAUGGAGGAGUGUGAGGCUCUUUGCACGAGACUUGCCAUCAUGGUCAACGGCAGCCUCCGGUGCCUUGGCUCUCCCCAGCACCUGAAAAACAGGUUCGGUGACGGUUACACGGUCAGGAUCUGGCUGUGUCAGGAAACACACGCACACGGUGCGAUUUCGGACUGCCUGAAGCUGCACUUCCCUGGGAUCCAGUUUAAGGGGCAGCACCUUAACUUACUGGAAUAUCAUUUGCCAAAACAAUGGGAGUGCUUAGCGGAUCUGUUCCGAGUCCUAGAGAACCACAAGACCUUCCUGAAUAUCAAACAUUACUCCAUUAGCCAGACCACUUUGGAACAGGUAUUUAUUAAGUUUGCUGCUGAGCAACGGGAACCUUCACAGUCUACUCCGGCUGCACCUCCUGACUCCUACCAGCACCAUCACCUGCCUAUCUAAGCUCCGAGGGCACGUGUCCAAGAGGAGUGAUACCCUCUUUGGUUACAAUUCGUCCUCAAAGAUCAGAAGAGCCUGGGCACCGCGGAGAUGCUGGGAGUCCGCUCCAGGCAGUCGAAUCCACCCUCUCCUUCCUUUCCUCUUGAAACUCUCAGUUAACGGGUAACCCGCAAGCUGGAAGAUGGUUUUCUGUAGAUUUUUGGGGUGUUCCUCCCACAUGGCUAAUCCCUUUGUCAAACCAGGGAGGAGCCGGCUUCUUUGUGACGGGGGGCAUGAGUCACCCCAGAGUCUAAACCGAGACAUGUUGGAGCUGUCAGACACAUUUCACUGUGCUUUUAAGGAAACUGAGGCAGCCAAGGCUGGUAACUUUCCUAACCGAUCUGUUUAGGAAAUACUACCUCCGACUGUCUUCUGUUUCUGUCCCCUUUCACUAGAUAGGCUUACGUGUGUUUAAAUAAAAGGUCAAGGAUUGAAACACACAUUCUUUGUAAUAUUGGGUAUUAUAUGGCAUGACAUGUAAAAAUAGCCAUUUUUUUCAUACAAAAGAUUUUUUAAAAAAAAUCAGAAUUAUGGAGAUUUUAAUGACUGCUGUAGCAAAAUUAAGUAAAUUGAACCAGGUACCCUCUGUCACUUACACAAGUUUUACCCAAAAUUCACAGAUUUUUAAAUACGGGGGUUAUGGAAAGAAAUAUAACAUGGGUGUGUUUUACUUUUUUCUGGGUUUCUCAGUGUUCUUACUGCCUCCUGGCAUUCUGAGCCACAUUCUAGUUUCAAGACCAAUGACGUAAACUAGUUACUUCUAAUUUUACCAGCAAAAUCAGUACAAUGUGUAGUAAGUAAACAUAAAUCUUCAAACACUUAAAAAUUUUCUGACAGUGACGCCAGCCUUAGAAUUAUUGUGCUAGUGUUUUCAGAUAUAAAGCUCUGUGAUGCGGCUGCAAAGGGCCGUGGGCCCUUGACAUUCUGCACCUGACGGCAAAAUGCGAUAUGAUAAAUAAUAAAAUCAUUUUAAAUGAUAAAAAGUCCUUUUGUCCACCACUGAAAAUCGUUUCUAGCCAGGCGUUCCUGAGCUUUGAGAUAUUCCUCAACCUCCUUUGGAUAUUAUUUCCCUCAAAUUUCAGCGGAGGGGUGCGUCAAUUUUAAAAUUCGAUCUUAAAAAUAAAAAUAAAAUAAAAUUUGAUCUUAUCCAGUUAAUUUUUUGAGUCAUAGUAGCUCAUGGCCAAAAAGUUUCCAGCCACAGGAUUUCACUGAAAUCUCUCUUUUCUGAUGCCAUUCAAUACUAAACAUAUUUUUAACUUGUCAGGCUUCAGCCAGUCACGGAGAGUAUUGCUGAAUGAUUUCGAUUCACAGGAAUCCCAUGAAUUAUGCUUUCUUAAAGUUUAGGGUUUAGGAUUUCUUACAGCUGAGGGUUUAGGAUUCCCCCCUUGAUUCUGACAUGGUCUCACUGUCAAAUGGAAGAUGUAAUCCUUUGUUAUGAUUGUUGCUGAAUCCAUCCAUAAAACCCCUGCGACACAGGAAUGUGUUUAUACUGCUUUGUAAAUACGAGCAUAAAUAAACGAGACGGGCUUUGAUUGAACCGGA